AUGGCGUCCAAUCGCUACAACGGCCAUGACAACCGCCCUCCCGCCAGCCAGAUCCCCCUCCAAGAUCUUUCCAGACCGGCAGAAGUCGUCGCCGCCGAUGACCGGGGCAGGAGCCGCGCAGGGAGCGUGGGGAGCAGGCUCUUCUCACGCCGCUCGGUGCUCCGCCGUGGAUCGCGCAGGAAUUAUGAAAGCGUCGCCGAGGAGUCGCCGGUCGACUCGGCUGCCGCCAGCAGACACCACUGGGGACCGUCUCCCUAUUCGCAUGAGGGGGAGGUUUCGUCUCCCAUCGAGGACCUCGGAGGCUUUGCGAUGGCCAUGUCGUCCGUGGGACUCAGUUUCGAUGGCCCCCAGCCAACCUUUCCGUCUCUAUCAGCCCCUCCAGCAGCAUCGCGCCCGCUAGACGACUCCGACUCCAGCCUCGAUAUCGUUCCUUUACACUCUCACGAUUUUCACGAACCCGAACCCUACACCACGCCCACCGAGGCUCAACAACCGACGGCGCGAUUGACGGAUCCUCAAUUUGUGCAGCCUAUCUCCGGGGCCCCUGAACCACAACACCAAAGGAACGUCACUCGCGGGCAAUCCGUUCAUUUUGCCGAUGACACGCGUCUGGGCGACGACCUCCCUCACCUGGAGGCCGGGACGGGGCGACACCACCGAAGCCGGGACCGGUCUCGUUCCUUGUCCCCUUCGGCUCCCGGUGGCGCUUUGCUUCGAGCGAGUAGUAUGGUGAAAUCCAUUUCAUCACGAGUUGUCAACCUGAGUAAUGAGCCGGAAGUGAUUCAGCAGUCGAUUGAGAGAGAAGAGUCAUACAAACAUGCACGGCUGGAAGGCCCUCCGGAAUUGCCUGAAAUGGUGGAAUUCGAAGAUGAACCCUAUACAGGGCCCCGGUCGCGCAAGAGGAGGCGGCUCUCGGCGAAGUUGUGGAGGGACCGAAACAAUCCGUUCAGGGGCAGGUCCCUCGGCAUUCUGGGACCGCAGAAUCCUCUUCGCUUGUGGUUAUGUGAUGUUCUGGUUCAUCCGUUCACAGAACCCAUUAUCCUGGGUCUCAUUCUCAUCCAAACUGUGCUGCUGGCCAUCGAAUCCUCGCAGUCAGUAUGGAAUCAGAAGAAGGAGAAUAACUGGGGAGGCAACUUUCUGGACUUCGUUUUCUUCGGCAUCUUCGUCAUCUAUACGCUGGAGAUGAUCGCCAAGAUCCUGGUGUCGGGACUCGUCUGGAACCCGGUCGAGUACAGUACCCUCAAUCGAUCGCUCGGGUUACGCAGCGCGAUGGCAGAGAAGGGCCGGAACCUGAUCACGCCGCAUCGACAGUCCCAGUCCGCAACGGGUAAGAAAGCGUCGGUACUUCAAGUGGAACCGCAGACCUCGAUUUUACGCACCUUCACCGGGAUGAAUGGCCCCGAGGCGGAAGUGUACGACCCUCUUCAGAAACGCCGUGUUCGACUCGCCCAUCGUGCGUUUCUACGUCACUCCUUUAAUCGCCUGGACUUUGUGGCAGUUGUCGCUUACUGGGUCUCUUUCUUGCUCACCGUGGAUGGUGUAGAAAAGGUUCACCAGCUGUACAUCUUUCGCAUGCUGAGUUGUCUCCGGAUCCUUCGUCUUCUGCUUCUUACCAACGGUACCUCGGUGAUUCUUCGCAGUCUCAAGAGAGCUGCCCCCCUACUUGUCCACGUCGCGUUUCUCAUCGGCUUCUUCUGGCUCCUUUUUGCUGUUGUUGGCAUCCAAAGCUUCAAGUCGAGCUUACGAAGGACUUGCAAAUGGGUCGACCCCGAAGGCCAGAACAAUUUCACUUUGAAUGACCCAUAUAAUGUCUUGCAAUUCUGUGGUGGUUUCCUCGACAACACUACUGGCGAAGCAAGGCCUUGGAUGGAUGCUCAAGGAUUAUUACAAAACUAUAAACCCAAAGGAUACAUUUGCCCGCGCGGCUCUGUGUGCAUCGAAGGUCAAAACCCCUACAACGGGACUGUCAGCUUCGAUAAUAUCGUGCAAUCACUGGAACUGGUCUUUGUGAUCAUGAGCUCCAACACCUUCACCGAUUUGUUGUACUACACUACCGACAGCGACUAUCUCGCAGCUGCACUGUUCUUUGCUUGUGGACUCGUCAUUCUGAGUUUGUGGCUUGUCAACUUGCUGGUUGCCGUCAUCACGCAUUCUUUCCAGGUUAUUCGAGAGGAGAGCAAGCGCAGUGCGUUCGCCGUUAAUACGAUUGAUGCUGCGGAGGAGGAAGAGAAGACUUCGCGGAAGAUGUCCUCAUUCAAACAGCUCUAUGAUAAAACCGAAUGGCUUUGGGUUUGUGUCAUCUUCUUCGAUCUUGUUGUGCAAGCGAUGAGAAGCUCUACGAUGGGAUCGGAUCGAGUCAGCUUCAUCAGUGACACGGAAAUUGUCAUUACUAUUGUUCUGCUGGUCGAAAUCAUUCUACGAUUCGCGUCGGACUGGCGUUCAUUCCACAAGAAGCGCCGCAAUUGGUUUGAUUUGUUUCUUGUGGUUGUCACUUGUGUCAUUCAGAUACCGCCCAUCAGAAACUGCGGCCGGCCGUACACCGUCCUCACCGUCUUCCAAAUUCUCCGGGUGUACCGAGUUGUACUGGCGUUUUCAGUGACCAGAAACCUCAUCCAGGUGGUCUUCCGGAAUGCGGUCGGUCUGAUCAAUCUUAUCAUCUUCGUGUUCUUGAUGACCUUCCUCGUCGCUAUCUUUGCAACCCAACUUUUUCGAAGCCAGAUCCCCGAAAAUGACCCGUCCGGCAACUCGAUCGACAUUACUUUUGCAGAUAUCUACAACUCGUUCCUCGGAAUGUACCAAAUCUUCUCGAGUGAGAACUGGACGACUAUUCUGUACAAUGCAACGGCAUACACAGAUAGUUUCAAUACCGCGUGGAUUUCAGCCGCGUUUAUCAUUCUUUGGUUUAUCUUGGCCAACUUUAUCAUCCUGAAUAUGUUCAUUGCUGUCAUCCAGGAGAGUUUUGAUGUUUCAGAGGAUGAGAAGCGAGUCCAUCAAGUCAGGGCGUUUCUAGAACAGAAGCAAGUCCACAACAUGCAGGCUCAAGGAAAUCUCUCGUUGUCGAAAAUCCUUCGGCUGGGGCGCGAAGAUCGAUACAAAGAUCCGCUUGACCAUGGUCCUGCAGCACUGGAAAUGCUCCUGAAAGAUGCCGUCGUGCGAGAGUUCCUUGAUGAAGAAGAAGCCGAGCAGGAACAACCUCCGAACCGGCGGCGAGUGAGUACGCAGCCCUUUGGGUUCAGCGAGGGAAAUGGCCAGCUUAAUUUUCUCUCGCGCCUUUGGAAUAAGACCACCACUUUUAUCAUGCGCAGAGAAACCAACCCGUUCUACUCCAAGCUCAAGUUCUCUCGUGCCUAUGAAGAGUUGGAUCCCACAACGAUGGCCAAGGAAGUGGUGUCAGCGGCAGAGCAAAGAAAGCGAGCUCAGCGAGAGUAUCUCGUCAAAUAUCCGAACUACAACAAGUCCCUCUUCAUCUUUUCACAUGACUCCUCGAUCCGUCGAUUCUGUCAGCGGAUCGUCGGCCCUGGUCGUGGUCAUCAGCGCGCUCAAGGCGUGGACCCAUACAAACCAUUAUGGUACACCUUCUCUGCCUUGAUUUAUGCGGCCAUUGUGGCAAUGGUCAUCCUCGCGUGCAUUACGACGCCACUGUAUCAACGGCAGUAUUUCCGGUCCAAUCGCAAUUGGUUCGUUUACACUGAUUUCGGCUUCGCUGUUGUGUUUACCGUUGAAGCCAUCAUCAAAGUCGUUGCCGACGGUUUCUUUUGGACUCCCAAUGCAUACUUCCGAAGCUCCUGGGGAUUUAUUGACGGAAUAGUCUUGGUGACACUCUGGAUCAAUGUUGGCAGUUCGUUGAAAAAGGAUUGGAACGUUUCCCGGGCCAUUGGUGCCUUCAAAGCCCUGAGAGCAUUGCGGCUGCUGAAUGUCAGCGACAGCGCCAAGGAUACCUUCCACUCGGUCAUCAUUCUUGGAGGAUGGAAGGUUGUCGCUGCCAUAGCCGUCUCAAUGAGUUUCCUGAUCCCAUUUGCCAUCUACGCCGUGAAUCUGUACAAUGGUCAAAUGGUCCAAUGCAACGACACCAACUUUGCGGGCAACUUGACUGCUUGCGUCAAUGAGUGGGCUAGCUCUCCUUAUAACUGGGAUGUGUGGGCUCCCAGAGUCGCCACCAACCCCUAUUAUGACUUCGACAAUUUCGGUGACGCGCUCUUCAUUCUUUUCCAGAUUGUGUCACAAGAGGGCUGGAUCGAUGUGCAGGGGAGCGCCAUGAGUAUUACGGGACAGGGCGUACAGCCCCAAAACAACGCUUCGCCCGCGAAUGGCCUCUUCUUCGUCGUGUUCAACUUGCUCGGAGCCGUGUUCGUGUUGACGCUGUUCGUGUCGGUGUUUAUGCGCAACUACACGGAACAAACUGGCGUCGCCUUCCUGACAGCCGAGCAACGCUCCUGGCUCGAACUGCGCAAGCUUCUUCGCCAGAUCUCUCCAUCCAAGCGCUCCUUUGACGAUAAGAGCCAGAAGUGGCGGUUGUGGUGCUAUCGAAUCGCGGUCAAGAAACAUGGUCGGUGGGCACGGUUUGUGACUUGCAUCCUUGUGGUACACCUGCUCCUGCUGGUCUUGGAAUUCUAUCCCGAGCCUUACAUAUGGGAGCUUGUUCGCUCUUUGCUGUUCUUCGCGUUCAUGUUUGUCUACGCAGCCAACGUCCUCAUUCGGUUGAUUGGCCUGGGGUGGCAUCGAUUCAGUCGCAGUUCGUGGGAUCUCUUCUCCUUGGUGGCCGUGCCCGGUGCUCUCAUCACCACCAUCAUAGAUCUUUCGUCGGGUAUGGAGGUUGUGAUGGAGUUGAACAAGCUGUUUCUUGUGGCCAUCGCCCUGCUGCUUAUUCCGCGGAACAACCAGCUCGACCAGCUGUUCAAGACGGCCGCAGCCUCUCUCACGGCAAUCAGCAAUCUCCUUGCGACAUGGUUCGUUUUGUUCUUGGUUUACGGAAUCGCCAUGAACCAGGCAUUCGGCCUGACCAAGUUCGGCAGUAACGAGACCCACAACCUCAAUUUCCGGGACGUGCCCAAGUCUCUCAUCCUCCUCUUUCGGAUGAGUUGUGGAGAAGGAUGGAAUCAAAUCAUGGAGGACUUUGCUACCAUGUCGGGUGAACGAUGCACAUACGACGCCAAUUUCCUUGACGAUGAUUGUGGUAGUGCGUCGUGGGCCCGGUCUCUUUUCAUUUCCUGGAACAUCAUCAGCAUGUAUCUUUUCGUGUCUCUGUUCGUCUCUCUCAUCUUCGAGAGCUUCUCGUAUGUCUAUCAGCGAAGCAGCGGGCUGUAUGCAAUCAGUCGCGAGGAAAUCCGUCGCUUCAAGCAGGCGUGGGCUACCUUCGACCCGGAUGGAACUGGAUUCAUCACCAAGGAGCAGUUCCCUCGAUUACUUGGGGAACUUUCCGGCAUCUUUGAGAUGCGAAUCUACGACGGCGAAUUUACAGUUGGAAGCAUUCUCGAACGGUGUCGGGUCGACCCCCGAGACUCGAUGAUGCCCAUUCGUUCCCGAGUUACUGACGGAAUCAACCUGGAUGAGCUCACCGAGAUCAUUAAUUCCAUUCCUGUUGAUACGAUCCGGUCUCGACGGCAGCGACUCAACAAGUUUUACGAGGAAGUGCUCGUCUCGGCGGAUCCAGAACGUGGCAUCUCCUUCCACUCUGUCUUGAUGAUUCUAGCCCACCACAACGUCAUCACCGAUAGCAAGAGUUUGCGUCUGGAAGAAUUCCUGCGGCGCCGAGCACGCCUGCAGCGUGUGGAUGAAGCCGUUCGACGCAACACGGUGAUUGGCUUCUUUGAUACUCUAUACUGGUCGCGAGAGUUCCGGCGCAAGGUCAACCACAAGAAAUCUGGUCGUCUGAGCAUGAUCCCUACCUUCACCGUGCCGGAGAUCUUUGUCGACGAUCCCGGCGACGCGGACGAGGAUGAGCCUGCUCCUGGUCCAAUGACACCCCGCGCGUUGUCCACAUCCGACGAUGGUGCGCCAAUGCUUUCGCCCGCGUCGCGCCCACGCGCAGAGUCCAGUCCGACUUCACGCCAGCACAACCUGCCUCGCCUUGACACCUCCAACCUGUCGUCAGGCCGGUCUUCUGGCGCCAGCUCUCCCACCGGGGACUGGGCUGGGUACAGUCCGACGCGCACUCCGCGCCACAUGUACGGCGGCGAACGCUCACCGUUCGAAACCGACGAGUCUCGAGCAUCUGAUUCGAGAACAGGAAUGGGCGGCGACCACUCGCGCCAGAACAGCGCCAUGAGCGUCCAGGAAGUCAUGAACUCGCUCGAGAACUCCGCCUGGGGUGCGAGUAUCCGGCGCAGCUUCACGCAGCGGCGGUCGGGCGAUCGAUCCGGCGAGCCUUAG